AUGCUCCCGUCAAAACUUCUCCGGGCGUGCAUCUACAGCGGCGCUUCAAUCGCAGCAGUAUUCAAAGUUGGGCAGAAAUUUCAGAUCAUCCUAGACAGCAUACCGAAUCUCGCGGCAUCACCAAAAGUCGUACCGAGUGACGCAGCAGUAUUCGAUAUUGACCUCUUCGACACUGAUGCAGCUACGAUUUCUGGUCUUCAGAGUCAGGGGAAGAUCGUGAUAUGUUACUUCAGCGCCGGGACGUAUGAGCCUUGGAGACCUGACGCAGGGAACUUUACCAGUGCAGAUUUGGGUCAGUCUUUGGCGCCGGAAUGGCCAAAUGAGUAUUGGCUGAAAGUGGAUAAUGCGAAUGUUAGAAGGAUCAUGAUGAAUAGGAUACGGCUGGCAGCGGCAAAGGGAUGUGAUGGGGUGGAUCCGGACAAUACAGAUGGCUAUCAAAAUCCAAACAAUAUCAACUUGACACGCGGUGUCCUAAUCGAAUACAUACGAUGGAUGGCCGCCCAAGCCUCCUCCCUAAACCUCGCCAUUGGCCUAAAAAAUAGCAUGGACAUCCUCCCCGACCUGACACCCAUCAUGCAAUUCGCAGUCAACGAGCAAUGCGCCGCAUUUGGCGAAUGCGAUUCCUACAGCGCCUUUCUCGCAGCUGGCAAACCAGUCUUCCACAUCGAAUACCCGCCCUCAAUCCCAAACAUACAGCCCGCAGAUCGGGCGCAAGGGUGCCAGAAUAAUGGGAUGAGUGGUAUGAGUACAGUAUUCAAGAAUAUGAGCUUGAGCGGAUGGGUGGGAUAUUGUGAUGGCAGUUCUGCGACGACGGUAACGAAGCCGGGUGGAGGGACGAAUCCGUGGGCGCCGGGGAACCCGAAACCGAGCACCACUACAGUGAGGAUAAGUGCUAGACCGACGACCACCGGCCCGCCGAGUACGAGUAGGAUCUCGACGAGAACCACGAGCUCGGUAAGAACGAGUUCGCUAAGAACAACGACAUCAGUUAAGACAGUGAGUUCAGUUAGAACAACGGCGUCGGCUGUACCUGGCGGUUCAAGUGGUUGUAAAUCUAAGCAUUGGGAUCAAUGUGGUGGGAAUGAUUGGAAGGGUUGUACGGUUUGCGAGUCGCCAUACACAUGCAAAGGAGUCUCACCUCCAUACUAUUACCAGUGUCUGUAG